AUGCAGCCACAAGGGCAACACUCCGAAGAACUAGCUAAGUUAAAGCGACAAAUCGAAAGACUCCAAGAUUGCCUGCAACAGAUGAGUGAACAGCGGUCGACUUCCGCACCAGCGCCGCCUAUUCCUUGGGAUAAGGGCAAUAGUAUGAACUCCAUUUUGACACUUAUGGAGCUACCGUUCAUGAUGAGGGGUCUUCCGCCAGAGUGCUGGGGUGAUGAGCUCGGGGAAUACCUCGAUGAGGAUGCCCAAUGGUGUUGGACGGACCUGCUACGAUCCGGUGCGGACAUGACUGAUUGGUCACUCAUUAAACAGGAACUACUAAAAAGUUUCUGCACGGUAGAUCGAGCAAAACUCAUUUACCAAAUGGCAGCUAACAAAUGGACUGGGGACUGCAGCGCCUUCUCGGCUACCUUCAGUCGAAUCACGGCUCGUGGAGUCCAGUUGUCGGCAGAAGACCUAGUUGGUUACUUCUUGACGAAUACCCCAGCGGAACUCAGAUGGGCCGUAACACAGCGAGGCACGAUACAGUUCAGUAAUUGGCGGGCUGCAUCCAAGGCAUUAGCCGCUAUCGUCGUCCCGUAG